AUGGGUGGAAUUCCAUUCAAAUCAACCGGGUGUAAUACCUGCCGGCGGAGGAAAGUCAAGUGCGAUGAAGCCAAGCCCGAAUGUCUUCGGUGCGUCAAGAAUGGCCAUAUCUGCACCGGUUAUGAAAGACAGAGGGUCUUCAUCCACAAGUCUGCCUCUGCGGUCAAUGAUUCGCAAAAGGCCCAGCGGCCAAAGAGAAAGGACGUUGCACAAAGUAACAGGCCUGCUGGAGCAAUAGUUGCGAUCGAUCCUGUGGAGCAGGUCCCUCGAUUCAAUGCGCGGCUCGAGGUCCGAUCUCAAUUGUUGGCGUCUUUCAUCAACAGUUUCCUGCCCCCAGCGCAGUUGUUGAAGACGAAUAAGAAUCUCUAUGAGACUCUCCCAGAUCUGGUAGGGGGUAGUCCGCUCCUGGAUAAGGCAGUCAUUUCGCUUUGUUCGGCGUUUGUCGCAAAGAACAACCGUGAUGAUCGGUUGCUGCAGUACAGCACCAAGCUUUACAGCCAAGCAAUGGAACUCCUCCAUGGGAAGAUCAUGAUGGGUAAAGGAUUGGGCAAGGAUCUCUUGUAUGCCACGAUCAUUUUCCAGGUAUAUGAAUUGAUCAACUGCUCUCCAUCUGGAUUCCCUGCGUGGCUGGCGCAUGUCCAGGGAAGUAACGCUUUGAUACAGCAGUGCAGCGGGCGAAGUAAGGAAGCCGUUGCUGAAAACCUAUUCCUCCGUCAGCUCAGAUUUGUCAUCCUGUGCGAUGCGAUUGGGAAACGGAAAUCCCCAUGGCGCUAUAACAUUCCGACUCGGUCUAGUGAGCCGGGAGACAAGAACGCGCUUGCACCCGAACCCAUCGAUAUAUUCAUCGACAUAUUGAUCGAAUGCACGGCUCUCAUUGAGGAAGUAGACACUUUCCUCGGCCAGGGGUAUGUGGUUAGAGGCUCUCGACGAGUAGGGGAACGCCUGUUGCACUCGUGUCUGUCGCUCGAGGACAAGCUGCACAAUACUUGCAUCUGGAUGCAGACCAAACUUGGAGUGCCGUCUCCACUCCCACGCGACGCCAGUAUCCUGAGGGCAUUCAGAACCGCUGUCCCAAAAGACUUCUUUUCCCAGCCUCUCAACUUCCCAUCGCUCACCUGUGCCGAAUCGCACUUGAUAUAUUGGACAACCCUUGUUUUGCUUUACCCCUUGAUCAACCAACUGUUCGACUUUAUCAGCCCUGGUCUUAGUCAAUUCGGAAGCCCUGCCUCCACAUCCUCAUAUUAUCCGUCCAUCGAAACCGCCGAAACCUCUACCCCUCCUUCAACCGGUACACAGAACCAAGUCGACUUCAUCGCCCUAACCGCCGUCUAUGCGACAGAAGUCUGCCGCGCAGCAGCAUACUGCCUGCAACCGAACAUGAAAGCACUAGGCGGACAAAUGCUCCUAGCGCCCUUGAGCCAAAGCACACAAUUCUUCCAAGUCGAGCAGUCGAGCGAGAAGAUAAAAUGGUGCCAGGCGGUAUUUAUGCAUCUGCCACAGGUGGGAUUCGCGAUCGGCGUGUUUCUGAAGGACAUGGUAUGGCCGCAGUAUCGGUUGUCGCAAAAGAGGAGGUCGCCUACUCCGCCGGAGCAGGUUGAUGAGCAGUAUCAACAGGAUAUGGCGGCAGGUGAGGCACCUGCUGUGCUUACUUAA